UUUUUUGUUGUAAUGUCCAUUUCUUACCACUAUUUAUUUACUUUGUUGUGCUUUGUUAACCUAUAAUUUUCAGUUGUAUUCUGGUUUAGUUAUUCAUCAUGGGUAAACAACGUAGACAAAGACAGCAGUAUCAUAUCCAGGCUGUCAAUUCCAAAAAGUCUGAAAAGGUUAUCGAAAAUACAGCUCAAGAUAAUUCUGUUGCAAACACUACUUCCAUGAAUAUAUCGUUGGAAAGCAAUCCUUUUGCAAACAUGUCCAUAGACACUGGCAGUAUCAAGAAGACUCUUCAUGAAUAUAAAGACGACGAUGUGCGCAGUGUGAAGUCCUUCAAGUCUGUGAAAUCAGAAAUAGGUGGUGGAAGUGGCAUUAAGAAGAAGGAUAAGAUCAAGAUGAGAAGAGUGCUCUUAAUGAAAAAACUUGAAAAACUUAAAAAGGUGAAAGCAGUGAAAAAAGGACGACAUGAACUUAUGGGGGACACAAAAUCGUUAUUGGAUGCCUUAGAUUUUGUCACAGUGAAGGACUGUGUAAAAGGUGAAGAAGUGUUGACCAAAACAAGGCCUAUUCAGAAAGCUGAUAAGAGGAAAAAGGAUUUUGCCAAAGGUGUCACAAUCUAUCAGAAGAUUAUGAAAAAUUCACAAUUUCUUAAGAACCCUAUGGAUGCAAUAAAGGAUCAUGUUGCAGCUGUUGUUGAGGCUGAAAAGAAUAAAAUUGUCAAGAAGAAGUAAACAAUAUCUGUUAUGUUUAUUUUCACUAAAUAAUAUAUUGUUAACAAUAAAAAUAUAUAAUAGUUUUUUUUUUCAAUUAAUAUUCCAUUUUCUAUUGUACAAGACAUUCACUCUCUUUGAAAGUAAACACUAUUAAAACUUGUAUUGAAUAUAUUAAUUCUUAUUCAUCUUUUGAUAUAUGCAAUUCUUUUUUGUUCAUCAUCACAUCCAAUUAUAAAUAGUUCUUAGCUCUAUCAAAAAUUUAAUUAAUUUACAAUAUUUGUGCUCGCGCGUUACCAGUCCCAACAGCCGUCAACAGCUCUAUAGAACUUUCGAUUUAAAUAAUUUAGAAUUUCAUUCUACUUAAAAAAUAUAUAUAUAUUUGUAUUUUGCGGAGUUGUGGCUGGUGGUUUUCUCGACGCGAACGCUUUAUAAUAAUUAUAAAUAAGACGAGGUUAUUUAGCAUAUGUGAUAAAUAUCGUCAUCAUCAUCAACCAACCAAUUCUAAUAAUUUAUAUAUAUAUGUAUGUGUGUAUAUAUAUAUAAUGAAAAUAAUCACAGAAAACGUUUUUGUUUGUUAGUAACCAGUAGUAACGUAACGUGUAAAACAGAAUUGACCUUAAAGAAUAAAUACUGAAAAUUUUGAAAUUGA